AUGGCGACCAUCAAAGCCAAGGUCCAGGACGCCGCCUCCUCCGCCAAGGCCGGCAUCGAUAAGGCGAAGGCCACCGCCGGCGAGAAGGUAAAGAAGGCCACGACGACGGACCCGGAGAAGAAGCGCGAGGCGGAGGAGAAAAAGGAGGACCGCAUGCACAAGGUUAACUCCGACGAGCGCGAUGAGAAGGGGGACCACGCCGCCGAGAGGUCCGGGAGGCGCACCAUCGUCACCGGCACCUAG